AUGGCAAAUUCUCAUGAAAUUGUAUUGAUCCAUGUUGGUGCUGGCAAACAUCUGAUUAAGAACAGCAAAUCGUUCAAAAAAUUGCUCAAGAAGGCUUGUACUAAGGGCAUCUUGGCAUUGAAUGAUGAGAAUCUCUCCAAUACAACCAUAUAUGAAAGCCUGGGAAAAUUUGAAAUCCCCACCGGUUCUAUGAAAGCGCUAUCAGACGUUUCAAAGUUAAUUGAAGGUUCUUUGUUGACGAAUGCCUCCAUUGGUUCGUCUUUGGCUUCAGAUGGACAGGUAUACAAUGAUGCUCAGAUAUUGUUGAAGGUUGGCACAUCUCAGAAUUGUUAUUUUGGAAUGACUGGAAUAAAGAAUUACAAAUUCCCAAUCUCAAGGUGCUUGAAUUUCUCAAGGAUGGCAGAAAUCACAUUUGGUGAUAAAGAAUUGGGUGUGACGAAGCCUUGUUUUAUUGUUGAUGGUGGCGUGGAUUACCAUUCCCAGCUGCCACUAGAAUUUUUUGAGGAAGGAAAGUGUGAUAACGAUACAUUAAUCACAAAUGGUGCUGAGAGACUGUAUCAUUACUGGGAUGAAAUGAGGAGAGAACAGAGUGAGCUGUUUGAAGAAAAUUACCAAAAAAUGAACCAUAACAUCGAGUAUAUCACCGAUACAAUCGGAGUUCUGAUAGUUGAUAAGAAGGGAAAUAUACUUAACGGAACAUCAUCUGGAGGUAACAUGUUAAAAAAUCCCGGAAGAAUUGGUUGUGCUAGUGUUUUGGGGGCAGGAACUUUCAUAAUGUCUAGCAGGGAUUUACCUUUUUAUAAGAACGUGAUAGAACCAAAGUUGAAUUCAAGAAAACGGAAAGCAGACGAAGAUUUGGAUGAUAAUGGAGUCAUUUAUGAAAUCAGUUUAUUAGCUACGGGGAAUGGCGAGCAAAUUAUUUCAUCGGAUAUUUCUCGUUAUUGUUGUAACUAUAUAUUAUCUGCUUUGCACUUGGAAGAUAGCAAAAACAUUUAUGACUCGGCCGAACUACUUUCAAGCUCCAUCACUGAAUUACUGACCAAUAGAUUAUACGUUGGGGUCACCGGGCUUAUCAGAUCUUUUGUUGAUUCCCAGAAGACGACCCCGCAUCAGACGCACCUACUAUAUGCUCACACGACGGAAAAUUUCACCAUUGCAUUUAAAAGCUCAAUGGAAUCUAGUUUUGAGUAUAUUUUUUCAGAAAACCCCAAUCAAGAUAUUCCACUAAGAGGUCAAAUUGUUUGUGUUUCGUGA